GAUCCGGUAGUAAAACUCGCCGGCAGGCUCGCAGCGGGGAGAGUAAACACGCGCGGCGCUCGGGCGCUGCCUGGUAGCCGCAGCCCGCGAUGCUGUGCCUGCGAAUGAAGUCAGCCUUCAUCAGCCGAAUAGUUUAUGCAUGAACCGAAACUUCAGACCUGGCUGGGUGGGGAAACAAGCAGGAUCUUUGCUCUUUUAAAAUGCUCUAGCCAAGGAAGGAGGAGGGGAAGAGAGGAAAUAGCAGCAGAAUAAGACCGGGGAAGCAAGGAGAGAUUUGAGAAGCUGGAUGAGUUGUUCGCUCUGUUAUUGCAAGGAGCCAACUUCCUUAAGCAUCUCCUGGUGGAUAUUAAGAGAGAACUGUGGAGACUGGAGCGUUCCCCUGGACACUCGCACGCUGUAGCUUUAAGACCGUUUUACGGAGGACUUGGGAUUUUCAGUUUUCCUGUGCCUGGUGGAGUAUUUCAGGGAGCUACAGAAUUUUCGGGUCAUGCACCCCCUUUUUCUGUUUUUUUCUUCCUUUCUCUUUCUCUCUCACUCUUUUUCAUUUCAAAGAGACAAAGCUACUUCAGUUUGGAGCACAAACAUAUGAUCAGCACAUGGAAAUGUGGUAAUUUGGAUGCGUUCGUGAUUGCAACAGAUUGAAGAAAUUAGACCAGACAAAGAGCUUUUUUUGGAAGAGGAGGAGGAGGCGAGGCAAGGAGGAAGGGAGAGUGGGUGAAAGAAGGGGACGCCACCGAAAAAAGGGACGGCCGUGACACGCGGAUGCUAAAUAUAUCCCGUAGUAAUGGAGAGGGACCGGAUUUCAGCUCUGAAAAGAUCUUUUGAGGUCGAGGAGGUAGAUCAGUCUUCAAAUUCCUCCACCCCACAAAGACGGACCCCAAACCCCCUCCUCAGAUCUACUGUGUCCAGCUCCACACAGAAGUUUCAGGAACUUGGUGCCCGGAAUUCGGAGUCAUCUGCCAGGCAUGCAGACCCAACAAGCCAAAGAUCACCCAAGUCCUCUCUGAGGAGAGUGGAGCUGUCUGGACCCAAACUGCCUGAGCCGGUGUCCAGAAGAACAGAAAUCUCCAUUGACAUCUCAUCCAAGCAGGUGGAGAACUCCACUUCAGGGUUAUCAAGGUUUGGCCUCAAAAGAGCAGAUGUGCUGGGGCAUAAGCCUCCUGAGCCCACCCCAAGAAGGACUGAAAUCACUCUAGGCAAGCCGCAGGAGCCAGGUCUCCGGAGAGUGGAAGCACCGGUGUCGAAGAUUCCAGAGAUGCCCCAGCGGAGAGCUGAUGCAGCUAGUGCUCCUGUGCCCGAUCUGGCCACAAAACGAGUGGAAAUUCAGGUAGCGAAGGCUGCUGAGGUCCCAGCCCCGCCAAUUCGACAGAUGGAGAAUUUGGAGCCUUCUCUAACCAGCCAGCCUCCCCCACCAGAAUCAAAGCCACAACCCGUGGUGAUCGAAAGUCCACCAAAGACAGAAGAAGGUCCCGAGGCAGUUCCCAGCUACGCGCCCAGCAUGACGGACGCUCCCAGAGAUGCCGGCCUCAAGCAGGCAGCGCCGACGCGGCCGGAGAAGCCUGCUGCAGACUUCGGCUACGUGGGGAUAGAUGCCAUCCUGGAGCAGAUGAGGAGGAAAGCGAUGAAGCAGGGGUUUGAGUUCAACAUCAUGGUUGUCGGUCAGAGUGGCUUGGGGAAGUCCACAUUAAUCAACACCCUCUUUAAAUCCAAAAUCAGCCGGAAAUCUGUACAGCCAACUUCUGAAGAGCGGAUCCCCAAGACCAUUGAAAUAAAAUCCAUCACUCAUGAGAUUGAAGAGAAGGGAGUUCGCAUGAAGCUGACAGUCAUUGACACCCCGGGCUUUGGAGACCACAUCAACAACGAGAACUGCUGGCAGCCCAUCAUGAAGUUCAUCAAUGACCAGUACGAGAAGUAUCUGCAGGAGGAAAUCAACAUUAACCGGAAGAAACGGAUCCCAGACACCAGGGUGCACUGCUGUAUAUACUUCAUCCCAGCCACUGGCCACUCGCUGCGACCGCUGGACAUCGAGUUCAUGAAGCGCCUGAGCAAAGUGGUCAACAUUGUCCCGGUGAUUGCAAAAGCCGACACGCUAACGCUGGAGGAGAGGGACUACUUCAAACAAAGGAUCACAGCUGAUCUUCUUGCCAAUGGGAUUGACGUGUAUCCUCAGAAGGAAUUUGAUGAAGACUCUGAAGAUCGGCUAGUAAAUGAGAAAUUCAGGGAAAUGAUCCCAUUUGCAGUGGUGGGUAGUGACCAGGAGUACCAGGUUAAUGGAAGAAGAAUCCUUGGAAGGAAGACCAAAUGGGGCACCAUUGAAGUGGAGAAUACGACACACUGUGAGUUUGCCUACCUGCGGGACCUCCUCAUCAGGACACACAUGCAGAACAUAAAGGAUAUUACCAGCAACAUCCACUUUGAAGCCUACAGGGUCAAGAGGUUGAACGAAGGCCAGAGCUCGCUCUCCAAUGGGGUGACCGACAAAGAGCUGGUGGCUAACGAAAUAUAACCCGUCUCGCUCUGUAGCCAGGACCUUGCUCGCUCACGCUCGCUAUUCCCCCUUCGUUUAUUUUUAUAUGAACCCUCUGCCACUGUCCCUCUUCUCCAACCCCCUCCCCCCCCCCACUGCCAAUGUUAACUGACCAAAUAACCAGGUGCCAUAUCUCGUCGGGCAGAGCGUGGCAGCCUCCCGUCCCCCUGCGCUGCCCGCUUUGUGGCAUGACUUUCUUCCUCAGCCUCUGCCGAGUGUUGCCUGGGGCUGGGGGAGCUGUCAGGGCUGGGGAACGGCGGAAGGCAGCAACCGCCCCACGCGGAGGUUGGCCUCUCUCCGUUCUCCACCGUGGCUCUCGGGACCAGGUAGAGCCUCUCCCCACUAACUGUCCGCUCCAGCUUCUGCUGCCCAUGGGGAGCCUGCUGAGAGCCCGGCAGCGGAGGGAAGGUCUCGGGUAAGCUCCUACCUGCUGCCUUUCCUGCCAUGCUGAGGCCACGGGAAGCAGGUGAAUUUGCUGAAGGCCGAGUCCCUCUUUGUCCCGUGGCUUUGCUGUUUUCUUCUCCGUCCAUUGAAGGCAAGAGUUGCGCCGAGUGAAUGUAGCCUUCAGAAGCAAGGUACGGUGAGAUGAAGAGAGCAAGAUGGUGACAUACUUGUCUCCUGCCUCCUCCUCCUCCCAAGCCCUCUCCAGCCCUCCAGGACCAGCCAGCCCCUCACCCCGGCCCCUGUACCUUUCCUUCAUGCAAUAAACUGGGAGUGUUUAGGCGUUAACUCGCCUAUCACCAAAUCAUGGCCAGGCAGAGCUACCUGCUUUGGGAGAAGUGCCUUUCAAGACUGUUACCCAUGCAAUAGUUGGGAAAGGCUGGGGAGAGGGAGGGCUUAUGCUGUCUGUCUUUGCAGCCUGGAAAAAUGCUUAUCCAGACAACGACUCCUUAUAGAGACUCCUCUUCCUUGUCACUCGCGGCUUGGACCAUAGAUAUGGCUGGUUUCCUGGGAACGCUUGUAUAUUUAUUUUUAAUUCAGUAAGGUUUGUUUUCUGUCGAAGGCUCAGAGUAUGUUUGUCUGAAGGGGGCUGAGAAAGGAACGUCUCUGCAAAGCGGUGGUAGGAAGCUGGAGUUUUUUGUCCUGCCCAACCCUUGUGAUUAUUGGGCUUUUCAGUAAGUCAGAGGAGGGCGUUUUUUGGUUUAAUCUUUUUGAUCCCUCAUGUGAUGUGUACGUAUGUAACAAGCUCCCUAAUUUGGCUAGUCCUCCUGCGAGGGGACCGUGUGCGUGUGCAGACCGAGCCCUGCAUGUUAGCCCCUGGCCGUAGGAAGGGCUGGGGCGGCGUUUUGUAGCGUAGGACCUCCUCUUCUUUACAUGCUCCUUUUGACCAGCUCUGACACCAUCUGCCUCGUGGUUUUUAAAAAAAUAAAUAAAAUAACAAAACAUCUGUAGGAAAAGCUCGUGCACGAGGCUAAUUAAACAACUGCUGCAUGACGCACGAGCGAGUGGUCUUGGAGCAGAGCCUCUACCUGCCCCCAACUGUGCUUGCAUGGCUCUUUGGGAAAUAAUGUCCGCUCCAUCCAUCAGUGGUAUCCCGUCUAAUGGAUGAACCGACAUGCAGGUCACCCGUCUUUCAGCACGUGCUUAAAAUAGCAGCACAUCCCAUCUUCCAGCCGCUGGCAGAUGCCUGCCGAGCUCACCAGACGGUCUCCACUUGGGGCACAGCGCGUUUACGGGUGACGAGAAGGAAAGAGGGUGCUCAAACUCCCAGCGCCGGCAGCGGCUUUGCAGGCUGCCGUUGCCGCGUCGCUCCUUGCGCGGGUGGCCCGGCCCGGGCCGGGAACGGGGCAGCACGGCAGCUCCGGCGGGACCCAGCUCGGCACCCGCGCAGGAGGAAGCCUCGGGAAGGACCCCGGGAUUCGGGACCGACCGUGCGCGGGCGCCUUUGCGUUGCAAGGAGAAUCCGUUCGCCCCCUUAACUCUGGUGGUUUUUUUUUCCCUCCUCAACAUCGCGUAGGAAUUGUUACUGAGCUGUUGAGGAAGAACAGUUAUUUACUUGCUGACUUGCUAUAUUUUAGCAAAAAUGAAAAAAAAAAGUGUAUUAACGGAAAAAAAUAUAUAUUUCAAGUGUUUUUUUUAAAAAAAGACUAUUAAAGGGGAGAAAAUCUUUUGUGUGAGGCACUUCUGCAAAUGUCAUCUUAAACUUUUUUUUCUUUACCCCUAGUCAGUAUCUCAAGCUGGGCCAAGCAAGACAUGCCGCUUUCACCUUUAUAACCUGAUUUUUUUUUUUUGAAGAAAAAAAUAAUACAAUAAAAAAAAAGUCAUCCAGAUCUGUUAAAAUGGCCUUUUGGGGGUUACAAGCAUUAUGACAAAUUUAGUCCAUUUUUGUAUAAAUAAUAGUGUUUAAUAUGUAUUUCCCAAAAUAAAUGUUUCAAAUGCAAAUAGAAA